UGUUCGGGCAAGUCUACCCUGACGGUUACAAACUGCAGUUCCACCUUAGGAAACAAUUUGAAAUGUUGUUGUGGCUUUUCCAUUUCACGUUAUCUACGAUCUGAGCGUCGGGUAAAAUUUGUAUCACAUUUUUACGAGUCGAGGAGGACCCUCCUCUCCCAGAUAAGUCCUCAGUUCGGCGGGGAAAACGCGGCUCGGCUGAGAGAUGUCGUGCGAAGAAAGCUACUUGGCCAUCAUACGCUAUCUGACUGAUGAACGGGAGCCAUAUGCGCCGGGGACGCCGGGCAAUACCAAGAGGAAAAUACGCAAAGCGGCGACCUGUUACGUUGUUCGAAACGGGACUUUGUUUUAUCAGCGUCGGCUGAAGGGCCAGAAUGAUUUCACAGAGCUGGAGGUGGUGCUGCAGGACGGCCGGAGGAAGGAACUUAUCAACGAGGCGCACAUAAUCGAAGGAGGGGUGCACCUCAACCAGCAACUCACCUGGGAGUCCAUCUCUCAGAAGUACUGGUGGAGAGGUAUCCUGAAGCAUGUCAAAGACCACAUCAGAGAGUGUGCUCAGUGUCAGAGCAGGCGGAGCGCCGACGACAUCUCCGGACCUCGUCUGAUCUCGCGGCCGGGGAGACGCAGGACGGCUGCCAACGUAAACGAUGAGGAGGACGAGGAAGAGGAGGAAGAAGAGGGAGAUGACGGUUUAUUCGUCAGUGACUCGUCCUGUCAGCUGAGAUCCAAGCUGGCCAAGACGAUGGCCAAGCACGAGCUGGUCUUUGUGGACAGCAAAGGUGAGGUGAAUCAGUUCCUGCCUAAACACAGCCAAACCAUGUUGGAAAAACUCAACCAGCAGCGUCUCAGCAACCAGUUCUGCGACAUCACCCUGCUGAUCGAGGGGGAGGAGUACCGCGCACACAAAGCCGUUCUGGCGGCGUGCAGCGAGUACUUCCACGAGCUCUUUUUUGAGAAGGGGGCCGUCUCCACACACGAGGCCAUGGUCGACCUCUCCGGCUUCACCAAAGCCAGCUUCCUGCCGCUGCUGGACUUUGCGUACACCUCCCUGCUCACGUUUAAUUUCUGCAUAAUGGCGGAUAUCGCCAACCUGGCCCGCCAUUUGCUGAUGACUGAGGUGCUGCAGAUAUGUGAGUCAGUGCACAGGCAGGUGGAGGAGCAGAAGCUGACGGUGUACCAAAGAGGAGACGUGCACACCGUGAUGUCGAGCCAACCGGCUUCUCAGGAGGGCUUAAAGGACGAGUCCGGCGCCUACGUGGUCACCAUACAGGGUGAGCGGGGGGCGGUGGUCACCCACAGCGCCGUGGCUGUGACAGGCGAGCCCUUAGCCUUUGUUGCACCUUCUGGAGAGGCCUACAUCCAGCAGCCGAUGACCGUUGUCACUGAAGCUGUAGAGGGAGACAAAGAGCAUCAUGGGGAGGCUGGACCAAAUGAAACCGUGACCCUGAUCACUCACAGUGGACAGGCCGAGCCGGGAGAGACCGUCACGCUCAUCUCUCGCAGUGCAGAGGACAUGGAGGGGGAGACGAUGACCGUGGUCACCCACAGUGGGCAGGCCGGAGCCAGCGAGUCUCUCGCCGUGGUGUCGGCGUGCCUGGCGAUGGAGCAGCCGCAGGUCGCUGAAGCAGGAGCCUUCGUCAUAAAUGUGGAUCCGGACAACGUGAGCCCCCCAGAGGUCGUCAAACUGGCACCCGAAGCAGCGAGGUCGCCUCAGGAGAAGACAGAAUCAGCACCCGUUCCCCAGAAACGCAAACGAGGGCGUCCGGCCAAGGUGAAGAAGGAGGUGGAGGUGGAGGAGUUCAUGCCCCUGGAGGAGGAGGAUCCCUCCAAUGAUGAAGGCCACGGAGACAAGCAGGACGUCACGUCAGAUGAUCCCAACAAAAGACGACUCAGGCAGCGCUCUAUUGCUGAGGGCGGUUACGCACGCUUGCACAUGGGGCUGGAGGAUGAAGAGGAGGCCAAGAAAGGUUCAACGCCGCCGCGAGCCGCCACGCCGAAGGUGGGUGUGAGGCCAGGGAAGAGAGGAAGACCACCAAAGCAGCCCGUGGAGACUCAAGCUGAAGGUCAGUCUGAGUCUGGAUCAGGGGCGGAUCCAGAAGCGAGCGCGGUGGAGAUCGUCCAGACCGGAGAGCUCAGCACAGACGACGCUGGGACGAAGGCGGCAGAGCCGGAACCUGGAGCCAAGCAGGAUAAAACCCCGUCAGAGAGCGCCGUCGACGGGGAGCACACCUGCUCCGAGUGCGGCAUGUCCUUCCAGAGACGCUACUCUCUCAUCAUGCACACUUUAAAACACGAGAAAGCUCGCGGAUACAAGUGCAGCCUGUGUAGCAAAGAGUUCCAGUACGCCGCCUCUCUCCGCGCCCACCUGGCCCGACACAAGCAGCAGAGCAGCCAGCGAGCCGCCGUCGCCGUACCCACCGUAGAGCAGAGCUCCGACGCCAAGGUGGAGAGCGAUCUGGACGACAAGAAUUUAUCGCCGCACACUAAAAGAGAAUUCGUGUGCGACAUCUGCGGGAAGACCUUACCGAAGCUCUACUCCCUGCGGAUCCACAUGCUGAACCACACGGGCGUGCGGCCGCACUCCUGCAAGGUCUGCGGCAAGACGUUCACCCACAAACACAGCCUGAAGAUGCACAGGGCGCUGCACGACGUCAGCAAACAGUUCCAGUGCGAAUUCUGCAAGAAGUCUUUCGUCAGCAAGCGGAGCAUGGAGGAGCACACCAGCAUACACACAGGUGAGUCAAAGUACCUGUGCACCACCUGUGGAGCCACUUUCCAUCGGGCCUCAGCUUUGAGUAAACACCUGAAGAAGCACCAGCCCAAACCUGACGUCCGUCCGUUCGCUUGUGCUCACUGUGAUAAGAGGUUCUACGAAGCGAAAGAUCUCCAGCAGCACAUGAACAAGCACAUGGGCCUGAAGCCGUUCCAGUGCCAGGUGUGCGGGAAGUGCUACAGCUGGAAGAAGGACUGGUACUCCCACGUCAAGUCGCACAGCGUGGCCGAGCCGUUCAAGUGUAACGUGUGCGGGAAGGAGUUCUUUGAGAAGGCUCUGUUCAGGAGGCACGUGAAGAAAGCGACGCACGGGAAGAAGGGGCGAGUAAAGCAGAACCUGGAGAGGGAGUGCGAGCAGUGUGGGAGGAAGUUCACCCAGCUCCGAGAGUACAGGCGCCACGUCAACAACCACCAGGGUGUGAAGCCAUUCGAGUGUCUGACCUGCGGCGUCGCCUGGGCCGACGCCCGUUCCCUGAAGCGACACGUCCGCACGCACACGGGAGAGCGGCCGUACGUGUGUCCCAUGUGCCAGGAAGCGCACAUCGACGCGCGCACUCUCCGCAAACACAUGGCCAAGUAUCACAGCGACAACCUGCCCGGGAAGAUCAUGCUGGAGAAGGACACCCUCCAGUUCCACAACCAGGGCACCCAGGUGGAGCACGCCGUCAGCAUCCUGGCGUCCGAGCUGCCCCCGGAGCUCCGGCCGGCCCAGCAGCAGCCCUCGGAGGAGAUCGAGACGGUGCUGAUCACCGAGGAGACGGUGGAGGCCGUGGAGGCCGUGCAGGCCGUGGAGGGCGACGGCGCGGUGGCGACGCUGUCGGAUCAGGGCAUCAUGCAGGUCGUGAACUACGUCCUGGCCCAGCAGGCACUCACAGGGACCAAGCUGGAGGAAGCGCCCGAGGUGAUUCAGACCAUGGAGGUGGAGGUCGCUCACGUGGCCGAGGUCGAGUAGCUUUGUGCCGGGAUUCAAACAGACUGAUCAUUUUCAACAGUCUGUGUAAAAUAUAACAGAAUGUAUAAAGUUUUUUUUUUUUUUUUUGUUGAAUGUAAAUACUGUAAGUGAACUGCGGAGGAUCUGAGUCUGGUCAGCUCAGAGCUGAGUGUUGGAUGAGUCACAUUUCUGUUUCUUUGUAAAUAGACAUUAACAAUAUUUACAGAUGUAUGAAAUGUGGCACUCAGGAGAAAUAAAGGUAGGAACUGACAGGCGACGCCGCCUGAAAGCAUUUCAUCUUGUCACGUUUCCACCUGAUUGCUUUUGUUGCUGACGCUGACCUCGCAGGUCUUUACUCCCCCUAGUGUCGGCUUGAGGGAUCAGCACAGAGUCAACAUGUAGAGUGUGAAGUGUGAUGCUUAAAUUUAAUAUUGAGUUUGACCCCCAGAAUCUAAAUGUGAUCUGGUCAUUGUUCAGAAAUCUCAUGUUUUUA